AUUUAAAUAAAUAAAAAAAUGAAUAUGGAGCCACCAACCAAUCAGAGGACGAAUAUGUUAUUAAUAAAAGAUAUGAGUCCCGUGUCCAGAAAUUUUGAUUGUGAAGUUAUUGUACUACAAAAAGAUGGUGAGCCAGUCACGACCCGUGAAGGAGAUAUGAUUUAUAGAUUCUUGGUUGCAGACAAAACAGGUUCAAUUAUUUUGAGUGUAUGGGGAGAGAUGGGAAAAGAUAUUAAAAGUGGUGAUAUUUUAAGAAUCUCUGGCGUAGAUAAUAAGCUGAGACAGGGCCGAUUAUUUAUUUCAACACUUAAAUCAUGCAAAUUAAAACGAGUUGGACAAGAUACUUUUCCAUUUGUAGAGAAGCCUAAUAUGUCCGAAAUUGAACACCACCAACCACCAGCAUACAGAUCCAAUCAACAAAACCAAUCCAAUCGUAUACCUCGUCAAUUAGACAAUAAUAAUAGAUCACAUCAACAACGCGGAUACCCUAAUAAUAAUAGUAAUAUGAGUAAUGGCCAUCCAUAUAAUUCUAGAGGAAGACCACACAGGGGAGGAUAUACGAAUAAUAGAGGCAGAGGAGCACCCAACCGAUACCACCAAGAUUUAGAUAAUCCCGUAUAAAUCCAUCUAUUUUUUUGAGAUUGUUGUAAAUAGCCUUGAUAAUUGUUAUAAGACCCGACUUUUUUGUUUACAUGUAUAAAAUACAUCUACCCCUCUUCCCUCCCUUUAUAUAUAUAUAUAUCUGUAUUUAAUUGACUGGUGUGAUGAAUCUAUUUACGAUGAAUCUUUGGACAACGGGCAAAGACAUGUCUUCAUUAUAAUCCAAUAAAAAACUUAUACACUAUUUAGUUGAGAGGUGGUAUGCUUAAUCAUCACCGCCAGACAUAAAGCUACUACAAGAGCUAUGAUCUACUGUCACUAUAAUUAUCAUGCAUUAAAACAAGUGGCGUAUUAUAGACCAAA